GCGGACAGUGACGGGUAGGAGUGGCCGGGGAGGUUGCAGUGACUGGCGGACUCCCUGUCGGCGGCUUGCGGCAGCGUCGACACUUCCUGUCAGCCGCUCGAUCAGAGCAGAGCCGAAGCGAGGGCGGAGGAGGCGAGACGCGGAGUGGAGCGGGAUGGCAGAGAACAGCUCCGAGACAAGCAGCUCCGUACACCGGAGAUGUCCGACCCAUUCUUCCCCGGGGGUCGGAGCCUCCAAGUGGAUCCGGCUAAAUGUCGGAGGGACGUAUUUUUUAACAACGAGGCAGACGCUGUGCCGAGACCCGAAAUCCUUUCUGUUCAGGCUGAGCCAGGCUGAUCCGGAGCUCGAUUCCGACAAGGAUGAAACUGGUGCCUAUCUCAUCGACAGAGACCCCACUUACUUUGGGCCAGUGCUGAACUACCUGAGGCAUGGCAAACUGGUGCUCAACCGGGACUUGGCGGAGGAAGGAGUUUUGGAGGAAGCCGAGUUUUAUAACAUCACAUCAUUAAUAAAACUCAUCAAGGACAAGAUCAGGGAACGGGACUGCAAAACAUCACAGGUUCCAGUGAAGCACGUGUACCGGGUUCUCCAGUGCCAGGAGGAGGAGCUGACCCAGAUGGUGUCCACCAUGUCUGACGGCUGGAAGUUCGAGCAGCUUGUCAGUAUAGGUUACGGGCGGGCCCACCAGGCAGAGUAUCUGCUGAUUGUGUCAAGGGAGGUGAAGGGAGAGGAGUCUGCUUUGCCAAACAACAGCAGAGAGCUCGUCAGCAUCGGUUCCUCCUAUAACUAUGGAAACGAAGACCAGGCCGAGUUCCUGUGCGUGGUUUCCAAAGAGCUGCACAACCAGUCGUACGGGACCAACAGCGAGCCCAGCGAGAAGGCAAAGAUUCUCCAGGAGCGAGGAUCCCGGAUGUGAGGCGGACUCAGUAUUAGGAGCUCCAGGUGUUUUCAUCCAGACGUAUCAUAUCAGUGGAAGAGCGUUGAGCACAAACAGAGUUUUUGGGGGGCAGCGUGCAUUUAUUCGUCUUCCCUCAUCUGUUUUUGUUUUUAUUUCUCAAUGUAAAUAAGUCUGUUUACUGACAAGUUGUGCCUGUACAUUUAAACUGGACCUUUUUGCUUUUUUUGAAUUGGCGGCAAGUAUAUUAUUUUGCUUUUUUCUUAUCUGAAAGUGAGGAAUUGUAAUCGACUGUUUUAUGCUAUAAAAUAUGGCCGCCAUCAUAUAGGGCCAAGGAGUCA